AUGGCUUCCACAGCCGUUGCCGGCGACCCCAUGGACAUUGCUUCGCCAACGUCUAGCUCUCAUAGACCAGACGCCCGCUCUGCAACUGACAAGACCAAGGCGGGAACAACCAGUCAAGGCGCAGAAAGCGAAGAGCACGAGAACGAACGCGCCGGAAAGAACACGAACAUUGGCAACAUGGCAGCACCACCACCUGCCGCGGCGGCUCUGCACCAGCCAAAGAUUGUGCAGACGGCGUUUAUUCACAAAUUGUACAACAUGCUGGAGGACCAAAAUAUCCAGCAUCUGAUAUCGUGGUCGUCUAGUGCCGACAGCUUCGUCAUGGCCCCGACGCCGGACUUUUCGAAAGUCUUAUCACAAUAUUUCAAGCAUACAAACAUCUCAUCUUUUGUGCGGCAGCUCAACAUGUAUGGAUUCCACAAAGAGCGCGACGUUUUCCACACCAGCAGACCCGAGUCAACACUCUGGGAGUUCAAGCACGGCGGUGGCAACUUCAAGCGCGGCGACCUGGUGGGACUGCGGGAGAUUAAAAGACGCGCCAGUCGACACGCUCUCGUGCACCGGGAGAACAACCACACGAAGCCAGCAGUAGCACAGCCAGGCACACCGGCGGAACCACUGCACCUGGCGCCCGAGAACACGGACACGCGCUUGGCGAACUUGGAGUACUCGCUGAACGACUUGAGCGCGCGGUUACAGCGGAGCGACGAGGCUGCGCAUUACAUGAACGUCAAGUACCAGGUGGCUUCCGAUACGAUCGGACGGCUGCUGUUUUUCAAUCAGGAGCUGGCGAGGAGUGUCAUGUCAUUGGUACCUCCGGAGAGCCAGGUCCAUCGAGACGUUUCUACUCUACAGCACGAGAUGCAGCGCCAGGUUGACGUGCUGCGUGGCAUGGAUGAUGGGCCCGACCCUGGAUAUGUAGGAAGACAGCCGUACUACGGGGGGAUGGAAAACCCGCCCGUCUCGCCCAGGCAGCCACAGCCAGACGAGGCGCGCCGGGGCAACCUGACGGUCCCUCAGCGACAACUGUUCCACCAGCCCGCCGUCCCUUCGCGGCUCGGCGCCAACGCAAGGCGCCCCUACGGAUCGAUAGGCGGCGGGACAACUACGCAAUCCUCGCCAUCGCGGCCGCAGAACCCAGCCGCGCCGCCGGUACCGCACCCGUUGUCGAAUGUCGAGCAGGCGCCUCCCGGGGGCCUGGGUAGGAGGCACACGUCUGCGGACAUUCGAGCGCACGGCUGGCUGCCUGGCAUGGAGCCGCAAUAUCAAGGGGGAACACCACCAGCGUAUCCGCAGUCCCCCAACCGCGUCCCCAACGAGGACCAGCGGAUACGAGAGUCCUUUUCCACGUACUCGCUACAACAAGCCGCCUCCCAACAACAGCAGCAACAACAGCCACCGCCGGGAUCCCAUUCCAGGCCCUGCACACCGCCAUUUGUCAGCAACGGCCACAACGGGGCGGAUACCUUUGGAAACUGGUCGUGGGGCUCCGCGGCGAGCCGGGGGCUCAAGGACUCGUCUGCGCCGCCAACACGGCGGGGGAGCAUGGCGCAUAUCCUGAACCCGAGCGACACCGCCGAGCGAUCGGAUGAAGAUGAAUGCGACGAGGGUCCGAGGGGAGGGGAAGACGAUGCGCGCAAGCGCAAGCGGAUGCAGUAA